CUCGCCGGGGAGCGGGCGCCAAACAAAGGGGAGGCGGUGCGCACCCGGCACCGUUCGCAGGGCUCGACGACGGCGGCCUCGCGGCGCUCCCGUAAAAAGGAAGGCGGCGGCGGCGGCUGCAGCGGUUGCUGCAGGGGCGAAGCUUGAAUGGGCAGCAGCUCCGCGGGCCGGCGUGGGGCGUGAGGGGCGCCCUCGGCUCGCGCGCCUCUCCCCGCCGCCAAGAUGGCCAUCGCGCACAUCGCCACCGAGUACGUCUUCUCGGACUUCUUGCUGAAGGAGCCGUCGGAGGGCAAGUACAAGGGGCUGCGGCUGGAGCUGGCCGUCGACAAGCUGGUCACCUGCAUCGCCGUCGGGCUGCCGCUGCUGCUCAUCUCGCUGGCCUUUGCCCAGGAGAUCUCCAUAGGGACCCAAAUGAGCUGCUUUUCUCCAAGUUCCUUUUCCUGGCGCCAAGGAGCUUAUGUGGACUCUUACUGUUGGGCGGCAGUGCAGCAGAGGCAGCUUUCGCAGGGCGAUUCAGGACAUCUUCCACUCUGGCUUCAUAAAUUUUUCCCCUACAUCCUUCUGCUGGUUGCUAUCUUACUCUACCUGCCAUGGCUCUUCUGGCGUUUCACCGCAGCGCCCCACCUUUUCUCUGACCUGAAGUUUGUUAUGGAAGAACUCGACAGAGCCUACAAUAGAGCCAUCAAAGCUGCCCACAGCUGCCACAAUGGGGACUCGAGGGAACAUACUAGCCCACUGCCUGUUAUGAAUGAGAACACAGGUCAGAGUUUGUGGGAGAUAUCUGAAAGCUACUUUAAGUACCCAAUGGUGGAACAGUACCUGAAGACAAAGAAGAGGUCAAAAGGCUUGAUAAUCAAGUACAUCACUUGCCGUCUGCUAACACUGACAAUUAUUGUACUGGUCUGCCUCUAUCUGGGCUAUUAUAUCAGCCUUUCCUCUCUGACUGAUGAGUUCAUCUGCAACCUCAAAACCGGGAUCCUAAAGAACGACACGACUGUUCCCGAACGGAUCCAGUGCAAACUGAUUGCUGUCGGCAUCUUUCAGUUGCUCAGUUACAUCAACUUAAUUGUGUACUUGCUAUUGAUACCUGUUGUGCUUUAUGCCUUGUUGGUCCCGAUCAGGCAGAGCUCAGACAUCCUGCAACUGUAUGAAAUCCUGCCCACCUUUGAUGUCCUUGAGGUCAGAAUAAAGCGCUAUGACGACUUGAGCCUUUACCUUCUCUUCCUCGAGGAAAACAUAAGCGAGCUUAAAUCUUACAAGUGCCUCAAAGUUUUGGAGAGCCUGAAAGGCAGCGGGGAGAAAUUUGACGCCAUGCAGCUCCUGAUGAAUCUUGGCAUGAUUAAAACAGACACUAUAGAUGGGAAGCCAACGGUGGUCAAAGACAACUCUGAAAAGAAGGUGGAAGGAAAUACAGCCAACAGUGCAGCAGAAUUAAAGGAUUUGUCGCAGCCAACAUCAACAGGUGAUGGAGCAACAACAAGCAAAGCAGACGGCAAGGUUCGCCAGAGGCUUCUGGAUUCCUCUUGCUGAAAGUGCUCCAGCUGGUGACUGGGUGAUUAUGAGAGGUCUUCCCAUGUGCUCCAGUGAACAACGGGUGGCUGCCAUCUUGUCGAGAAUGAAAGAACUAGGACUAAGGGCAAAAACGUUUACAGAGAUAUACUGUGCCUAUGUUUACAUACCUUUUCAGCCUUCUGUGUCUAAGGGCAUGCCUUUGAAUUCAUUUAUGCAGGCUGUGUUGGAAAGGAACAUUGGAAAAAAAGCUAAAGUCCUGCGAGAUGAGUAGCUUCCAAAGUGGAUAGCUGGGAGAAACAGAUGAACCUGCAUGAGAAAGAAGUGGAACUGUUCCCAAGAAAUGAAACUUGGGAUCAGUUCAUACAUGGCUUCUUUUGUGCAGGUCCUUGGAAAACUUAAUCCCAGCUGACACCUUAGCCUCCGCUGAUCAAAGUUGCCAACACCAAUCUAGAAGGAUCCUUGGUUUCACUCAAGAGAAGGAAGCUGUGUGUGCCUAUUUGAUCUCUCAUUACUUAAUUGCUCAGCAGUUGGGACUGGACUCCACUUUUGAAUGCUCCAAUGCAUGAUAA